AGUGUCACUCACUGCAAAGGAACCUCCCACUCUGCCUCGCAUAUAGUCAUCUGUCUGGGUGUAGACGCAGAGGCACAGCCCUGCAGCACUCUCCCUUUUUCCCUGCUCCACUUUGCUGCUUUUCUCUGCAAAGAUGAUGAAAGGUAUGAUCAUCAAGAACAUGUCCUUCAAAGUUGGACAAACCCUGACUAUUAUUGGAGUAGCUAAACCUGAUGCUACAGAUUUUGCCGUGAACAUUGGCCCUGAUGAGCAGGACAUCACUCUGCACGUUAACCCUCGAUUUAACGCCCAUGGAGACGAGAACGUAGUGGUCUGCAAUUCUUAUGAAGGAGGCAACUGGUGUGAGGAGGUCCGCGAGGGAGGCUUUCCUUUCCAGCAAGGACAGGAGUUCAAGAUCACCAUUGAAUUCACCCCAGCUGAGUUUGUCGUGACCUUAUCAGAUGGCUCUACAAUCCACUUUGCCAACCGCUUGGGUGCAGAGAAGUACUCCGUCAUCAGCUUUGAUGGGGAGUCUCGCAUCCAGACCGUGGAAAUCAAGUAAAACUCUGUCCUCUGGAAAGUACCUGAACUGGACUGAUACUCGGUCGCAUCACAUGUUGCCCACGUGUUUUCAAAUUCCUCAUAAGAUUUGCCUCCGCAUUUAGCAUUUAGCAAAUUCUAUAUCAAGUUUAGGCUUGUUGAGACCAGAUGCAAUCACACAUAAAAA